AAAGCAUGAAAUGUGAAGUACCAUUUUGUUAUACGAAACAUUUUUACCAACAGGGUGCAUUUCAUAAUGUAACAAUGAAACGUUUCAUGACCUAUCACAAAGGUAAUCGAAGGCUGCUUUCGUGAACUCUGUAUAAACGUACCGAAUCCAUGUUGGGUAGCAAAAAGUAAGAUAUAUACAAUGGAGUGGCGCUGCUUUAAAGAAGACGAACAUGUAAAAUAGUAUAUGACACAUAACUUUUAAAUGACUUUUCGAAAAAUCUGGUGGAGUGUAAUUAAAUGGUAACAGACGACCAUAUAGGAUUACGUGCAAUCGUAAUAGGUAGUAAUGGAUAUUAAAGAUCAAUGUUUUGAUCAUCGUUGCGCCAAUAGGUGUGUUUUGCAGAUUCGAUAAUACAUAUAUAGUAUGUAAACCAACGUUUGUAGUAUAAGCAAAAGAGUGCGGUGUUCCGAUAGCGCGGUAGUGUCGUACGCAGAUCAAGUGCGUGUGUGACUUCCCUGCUUGGAGAAAUGUCGUCGGCAUUCGUGGCCGCGAAAUAAACGACGAAACAUGUCCGGACCGACAGUCAGUCGUGCGCAGACACCCGGCGGUGAUGUUCAAAUAGGUGCAACGGUGAUCUGCGUAGUUUGUAACAGGACUGACAAGCUAUUAAAGUGUUCGCGGUGCAAGGCCGUCUUCUAUUGCACUAAAGAACACCAAAGGCGGGAUUGGAAACGUCAUAAAGAAUUUUGCGCGACUCAUUCCGUGCGAUCGAUUCUACCCCAUACUAUUUCAACUGCGAGUAAAAAUUUCGUUUCGGAGUCUGACAAAACGAAAUCCCCCCUCGAAAAUAACCAAAAGGCAAAUACACCAGCAAUUUCUAACCUAAGUGAAAAACCAGUGUCAGAAACAACGCAGGGAUCGAACGCUGCUCCAGAAGUGUACCCUAACGCGAAACACCUUGGUGGAACUACCAAACAUACAGAAGAAGUAAAAGUAUCCUUGGAUCAUAAAGAGGGUCAAAAUCCAAAGAGGAAGUCUAAUAGUACUAAAGCGAAAGGUACUCGUAACAACAGAGCAGAUGGAUGGACUUCUCCUAUAACAUAUGAAGGAAGUUCUGAAGAUACAAUCCUUGGUGCCAGAGCAGAAUUGUUAAAUCCUGUUCUUGAAAAUUCAAGAAUUCUUGAUCAUCUACAGGAUAAUGAAUUAGACAUGCCUACACAACAUCAUAACGGUAUGAAGAACUUCCCAGAGGUUCACUUGGCUCGCGAGGAGGAACUUUUACCACCUUUCCUUCAUAAAAAUAGAAAUAACUUGGAAGAAUUCCAUUUAAAUGAGAUUUGCAGAAAUGUGAUUAAAGACAUGGAUGAGUAUGGUGUGUGCGUGGUGGACAAUUUUUUAGGCGCAGAAAAAGGUCUUGCUGUAUUAAAUGAAGUUUUAAAUAUGUAUAGUGCUGGAUUAUUUAAGGAUGGACAGUUGGUUUCUAAUAAAGCAGGUGCAAACGAUUUAAAAACAAUUCGUGGUGAUCAAAUAACGUGGUUAGAUGGAAAAGAAAAACAAUGUCAAAACAUUGGAAUGCUCAUAUCGCAAGUUGAUGCCAUCAUUAUGAGAGCAAAUAAAAUGCGAAACAAUGGAAAAAUGGGAAACUAUACCAUCAAUGGUAGAACAAAGGCGAUGGUAGCUUGUUAUCCUGGUCACGGUUCGCAUUACGUGAAACAUGUGGACAAUCCUAAUCGGGAUGGACGAUGCAUCACUGCAAUAUACUAUCUCAACCGAGAUUGGGAUAUCAAGAGAAACGGCGGUCUCCUGAGGAUAUUUCCAGAAGGCUGGCGCGAUCAAGUAGCCGACAUUGAACCUCUCUUCGACAGAAUACUUUUCUUCUGGUCCGAUAGGAGAAAUCCGCACGAAGUACAACCGGCAUACAAAACCAGAUAUGCGAUCACUCUGUGGUACUUCGAUGCCGAAGAGAGGAAUCAAGCUUGCCGAAGAUAUCAAAGAGAAAGGGAGCUACACACCAAGAAAGAGAACUCGUGAGACAUGGAGUGUGAGAGACCAUCACAUUAUCCGUCGACUGAAAUUGUAACUCUACUAGCUGAACUUAUACAUCUGUAUAUAGUUAAACAAUGAAAGCACUGGUACAUAAAAUUACUAUGUACUAUUAUGUAUUAAGAUAUAGUCGAAUACAAGAGCUAUUGAUAUUGGAGUUACAAAAAAAAAGUUUUUAAGAAUG